CCGUGUGUUUUUCUGGAGGCCAGUAGGUGUGUGGGGUUACAGCCUUCGCUGUCCCAGGUCCGAGUGCCCCGCACGCGCCCAGAAGGACACUUUUCUGUACCGCUGUGGAUACUCCAAAACGGUCAGACAGAUCUGCCACAUGUCUGGCUGGUACUCCAUGCUGACAGAGGUCCUGGCCUGUAACGCGUGCAGGAAAGCUGCUAAGGAGUCUGAGCAACAUGUCAUCGGUCGCUUUGUGGCGUGGGAAGCAGCCAUAAUUAACCAGCUCAGCACAGCUCACCGAGCCGCGUUCCCUGCCAUCUUAACACUAAUGCGUGGCGUGGACAAGCAGGUGGUCUGGCUGAUGAGGGAUCGCAGUGAGGGCAACACCAUGACCAAGGUGUGGAGGCACAUCCAGGAAAGCCACUGUGAGGAGUAUCUGCACAGAAAAGACCUCUACACCACCCUCCUCAGCCAGCUCAAUAAGCCCGGUGGGAUCAUAAGGACUCUCAGCCAUCAGUUUCAGCAUCCGCCACCAAGGAGGGAGCUGCCGUCCCCAAAGCUGCUGAGGAAGUGCUUCCUCCUCGCUGAAACAGAGAACAUUGAGGACUACCGCACUCAGAUCAUGUCCACGUUUGGCAAAGUCCUUAAGUACGACUCCACCAAGAAGAUCUGCAAGAAGCUUUCUGGACAAGGAAAAGGGACAGCAGAAUGGUGCACAAACGUGGCCAAUGAGCUUCCGUCCUUACCUGUGAGGAGUCUCUGGACAAACUGAGGCCAAUGGCUGAAGGCCUCAUGGCGAGAUAUAGGAGAGCAAAUGAGGCACCUCCUGAACUGAUGUACGUGGAUCGCGGCUGCUGUCGUGUGCAUGGUGUCUCAUCUUUGGAGCAGCUGUUCAGUGAGUGGGCCGACAGCGGCAUGAUGGUGCGGCUCGACAUCUUUCACUGGAUAACCAGGUUUAACGCGAACAGAUCACCACCCAAAAUACGCUCUCUUCAAGUCCGCGCUUUCUGCUGCUGUGUUCGUGUAUAACAAGGACGACCAAAUAUGCUUCUCUGUCUGAUGGUCAGAUCAUUGAAAUGCACGUCGGCAAAUCUGAUCUGAAGCAUUACGUCAGGAGGAUGACGGUUGGAGUCCGCGUGCAGAGUGCCAUCGACAUCCUGAAGGGAGCGGCUGGAAUGGACGAGAACCAGAUCCAUCUGUUCAAGGAUGCAGCAGCCAUUGACUGGGUCUGGGAAAACCAGCAGAAACACCUGGAGUACAUUCAGGAUCCGCCAGGAAGAAACAUGUACACCAUCACCAAGUAUGUCACCCGUAACGGCGUGCGCCUGCCGUACUACAGGACCGUGAGAGGCAGCAACAGCCUGGAGAGCUUCCACUCCUUCCUGCCCAGCAUGAUACCGGGGCCCCACUGUGCAGCUGUCCCCUUCCUGGUCUAUCUUCUCAGCGGCAUCGCACGCUGGAACUCUGAAAGGGAGUCUGCCAAUGUGCCUCAUCCAGAGGUGCCAGGAGUUUUUCGGCGAGCCGGAGGAGGUAAAUUACCGACCACCUGUUCCUGCUGGUGACGAGCGAAUUGGUUUGGAGUAUCUGUUCUCCCAGUCGUCAGAACCUUUCCAUGCUCCUGACCAUUACGCUCAGGCCAGAGAGACGUUUCGAGCAGCCGAGGAUGAAGAUGAUGAUGAUGAGGUGGUUGCUGACCAGGAAGAAUCCCUGGAGGAAGAUGCGGGCUACAACUUUGACAGCGAGACUGACAAUCUGACUCCGCUGAGGAGGAAUCUACGUCUUACCGACCAGGUUGUGGCUCCUGAGCUGGAUCCCUGUGUAGAGGAUGUGUGUGGUCCAAAUCAUCUCCCCGGGUACCAACAUGUAGAGGAGCUGAGCAGAGUACUUGUUGAGAUUGCCUUGGAGGAGGGAAAGCUUGCUCUCAGUGACUCUACAAGACAGAGAGUCGUCAGCGCCUGGAACAAGCUGGACCUCCACGACCGCAGCAUCCAGCAGUUUGACAGCCUCUACUCAGCACGCUGGGGUAACGCUCUGUUCGGCCGCACCAAAGGUGAGCCGUCCGAGUCGUCUUUGGUGCAAAAGUUGAAGUUCAGCAAGCGUUACUCAGCCGCCCACCUGCUGGACUCCAGAAAGAACCGGCUGAUGUACUGCAUCAUUAAACAGCUGUGGCUUCAUCCUGACUGUGGCGCAAUGGCUCGAGGGUCGCCACAGAAGCACAAGAUCACCAAAAUGUACCAGCGUGUGCAGCAGAGAGUGACCGUGGAUGACACUGACCUCAGCAAACUCGGGAUUCCCAUCCUGAAAAUAAACUCCAAGUGCGUUGCUGAGUUCAUCAGGAGACAGGAGGCCCUGUCAGCCACAAAUGUGACAGAUCAAGGUUUGGCUGUCCUCCGCCGUCAUCAGAGUGUUUCUAGUACUAGCCAACCCUCUGCAGCAGAGCUCCCGAAUGAGAGACCGCACACCAGUCGACCUCAAGUGCAGUAUGAGGUCACUCCAUCUUUGGCAGGCACCAGAAAACUCAAACCGAGGCAUGACCAUUUCGCCGGUCAACCCCCCGCUCAGCUGCCAGUUGCACCGAUUCAAACCGCCUGUACGUUCAGGCAGCCCACAGCACCUACCUUUACAUGUUUUCUAGUUGUUCCCCAGGUGCAAGCAUCUGUUUCACUCCCCCAACAGCCUAGCUCGAUGAUCUCACCGGCAAGGUCAACUCUGUACAAGAGGAAGAAAGCAGAGUGCAGUGGCACUGGGCCUCAGGGCACAGUGAGACUGUACACCUGUGCGCUGUGUGGCCAAUCCACUCAAGGACACAAAAAGUACAGGAAAGAAACUGUGAAAAAUCUAAAUCAUCCACCUCCAGUGAACUCGCUAGCCAGACUUUUGAAAGCUUCGCAGACUUUAAAAGGGCUAUGGACGAGGUUUUGGGCCUUCAGUCCCAGACCCCCCCGGCCGUCUGAGCAGACUUUUCCACCUGUACAUAUUUCAAUCCACACUUGCACUUUGCAUAUUGUUGCUGUGUUUUUACUGUAGCUGUAGGUGAGGUUGUGUGCACUCAGUGCCAGACCCCAGAAGCCUUCUCAGCAGACAUUUCAAUCUGUACAUAUUUCUGCUCACAAAUGCACUUUGCAUAUUUUUGUCGCUGUGUUUUUGAUUGCUGUUUAAGUUGCUGUGAAAGUUUAUAUCUUUGAAAUCCUUGAAGGACUGACAAAACAGCACUGAUUCUACUCAUUCUUGUUUGUAUUAUUAAUCUGUAUCAGUAUUGCCAUUAUUGUUAUUUUAAUGUUUAUCAUUAUUAUAGUAGUUGUUUGUAUUAGAAUGAUUAGUUGUAUUGAAACUGCUGAUUAGUCCUGGUGUCCUUUUUAAUCAACAUUGAUAAUACCUGUUCAGUGAGUUUGUAUGUUUAGCAGCUCAAACCUUCCAUUGUCAGAUAUUUUACGACAAAUAUAAUUACAUCUGUUUGUCUAUAUGUUGUUACAGAGGUAACUCGUAUUGUGUAAAGCAGCUUGACCUCUGUUGUUGACCAGUUUGAGGAAACAGAAUGUGCUUACCAUCUUGUACAGUAUGGUUUUAUUGUUUUCAUGACAUUUCAAUCAUGUCAGUGAUUUUGUCUACAAUGUAGUGCUGUUUUUCUGUUUCCAAUUUCAUGGACUUUAUUUAAUAAAGUGGUCAGUGCUACAGUAA